UUCACUCUCUCUCGAUAGAUUGCAAGCAACCAACUCCUUCGUCGAUCACGGUGGACGACCGAUUGGCCGGCGGAGCGGUGAUCAUCUUUGUCACCGGAGGAAGUCUUGUACGUGGCCAGUCAGCGCCAUGAUCUCGUGGCAUGAUCUGUACACGGUGCUGGCGGCGGUGGUGCCGCUAUACGUGGCGAUGAUCCUGGCGUACGGCUCGGUGCGCUGGUGGGGGGUCAUCACAGCGGACCAGUGCGCGGGGAUCAACCGCUUCGUCGCUGUCUUCGCGGUCCCGCUGCUCUCCUUCAAGUUCAUCUCCGGCAGCGACCUCUAUGCCAUGGACCUCCGCUUCGCCGCUGCCGACACGCUGCAGAAGCUCAUCAUCCUGGCUGCCCUAGCCGUAUGGUCGCGCCUCCCCCUGCCGUUCCCCUCCGGUGGAGGGCUCGACUGGUCCAUCACGCUCUUCUCCUUCGCCACACUGCCCAACACUCUCAUCAUGGGUAUCCCGCUCCUCGUCGGCAUGUACGGCCGCCACGCCGGUGACCUCAUGGUGCAGCUCAUCGUCCUCCAGUGCAUCAUCUGGUACACGCUGCUGUUGUUCCUCUUCGAGUUCCGCGCCGCGCGCCUGCUCAUCUCGGGGAGGUUCCCGGCGGCCGCCGUCGCCGACGUGGCUGUCGACCCCGACGUCACCUCGCUCGACAGUAGCCACGCCGAGGCGCAGGCCCAUGUCGCGCCCGACGGGAGUAUGCGCGUCGUCGUGCGACGGUCCACGGCAUCGCUCUCCCGCCGCUCCCUCCUCAAUGACACCGUGGCGGGGAUGUCAUCGCCGCCGCGCGCGUCGAACCUUACCGGUGUGGAGUUCUACUCGGUGACCUCAUCCCGCAACCACUCGUCUAGUUUCACCCACGACGACUUCUCUGCCACCACGGGAGGCGGUGGCGCCGCAGCUACUCUGUCGCCGCUGCGCGUGUCCAGUAGGGCCAACCUGUUGUCGCUGCACACGUCGUGGCAACAAACGCUGAUGCCGUCAGCCAGAUAUGACGAGCACGCGCCGCGCGGCAGAUCGGCCGCGGUCGUGGCGCCGGUCGAUGACUCCAUGGACAACUUGCAUAUGUAUGACUGGAGCUCAGGCGCGUCCGGCGCGUCCGAGGGGAGCGGCCUGCCGGUCUUCGGCAACGGCGCCAAGGACAGCGGCCGCCGGCGUGCCACCUCCGACGCGCUGUCUAUCAACUCCGACUCCUCCAGAUUGAACCGGCCGGGAACGACCGACGGCGAGCGCGCCAAGUCCGAGGCGGCAGCGCAGGACUCGCUGGAGAGGCUGGAGGCCGGCACCGAGGCGACAGAGAAGGAGCAGGAUCAGACGACGAAGGACGGCUGCGAGGUGGGAGGGCCGCCGGCCAGCGUGAUGGUGCGACUGAUCUUGACCAUGGUGUGGCGCCGGCUGAUCCGGAACCCCAACACGUACGCCAGCGUCGUCGGCCUCGUCUGGUCACUAAUCGAGUUCCGGUACCAUGUCACCAUGCCGACCAUUGUGGCCAACUCCAUCUCCAUCCUCUCGAACGCGGGGCUGGGGAUGGCCAUGUUCAGCCUGGGGCUGUUCAUGGCCAUGCAACCAAAGCUCAUAGCUUGCGGCAACUCCAUCGCGGCGUCCACCAUGGCAGUUCGUUUCCUACUUGGCCCCGCGGUCAUGGCUGCCGCCUCCGUCGCUGUCGGCCUCCGAGGCACACUGUUGCGCAUCGCCAUUGUCCAAGCCGCUCUGCCGCAAGGGAUCGUGCCGUUCGUCUUCGCCAAAGAGUACAAUCUACAUGCCGCCAUUCUAUGCACCGGGGUCAUAUUUGGCAUGCUAAUAGCUCUUCCAAUCGUCAUGGUCUAUUACAUCAUCCUUGGCUUGCUAUGAAAUGACUAGCCAAGAACGAAACUUCGGGUUGGGGCACGCUGUUGGCGGCACCUCCUGAGACUUUCAUUUGUGGUGCUAAGUUGGCUACUGCCCAUUUGGUUGCCUUCUUGUGUGGUCUGUGAUGUUCUCUGUUGUACACAUACAUGAGCAUUUCUAGAAAGGGGUAUGUAGUAAAGAU